AUGAAUCUUAAGAGCAGGAAUAUUGAACUAGGAGAGUCGGAGAGACUAUGUAGUCUAUGUUCACGAGCAGAGGAAUCUACAUCUCACAUGUUCUUUGAAUGCGGAGUUACUGACUGUGUCUGGAAAACGUGCUACAACUGGAUAGACUUAGCAACUGUACUACCAGCAAAUCCUUCAAACCAUUUUCAGCAAAUGCCCAUCUCAAUAUCUUCUAAAAAAAUUUCAGAUAGGUGGAAAGUGUUGUGGAGUGCUGUGGUCUACAACGUGUGGAUGAUGCGGAACAAUAUCAGAUUUAACGGCCGAAGACUACAAAUCCAAAAAU